AUGGAAAAACCAAAGCCACUUUCCUAUGCCAGUACUGUCAUUCAAUAUUCGGACCCGAAUUUAAGAUUCCGCCUUUCCCAACAAUGCUCAUCACUUGGCUCAACCGAUAAAUCUGUGCCACUCCAUCUAGAAUCCCUGAAAUUAAGCGGCAAUAGUAUUUCAGUCAAUGCGAUUGAGUACGAAUUAGCUAUAUAUCGGCACGGAGGCGCUCGUCCGAAAAAAUUCAAAGUGGAUGUAACUGAAAAGGGAAGAGUUGAUAUGAAUCUCGUCGUGGAAGAAGAUCCGGAGGAGAUUCUCGUAGACUUGAGAGGAAAUCAAGAGAGAACUAUUGCCAAUGUUGUCACAGAGCUGGCUAACCAGAGAAGGAUUGAGAAUAUCGAGAAAAUGAUACAAAGAAGAAGAAACUAUUUUCUUGUGCUCACAGUUGGAAGGGUCCGUGAAGUGAUGAUCUAUGAGAGGAAGCUCCACGAGGCAGUAAAGUACUUGGUUGAAAAGCUAUUAGGUGGGAGAGGUAUUAUCAAAGUUGACACACUUUCCAUUCGAUCUCGAGGGAUACUGCGGAUACCGUCAAGAUUGAAGUUUGAGAUCCGUGACUUGGAAUUAAGAAGUGAGGAUAAUAAUAAGAUCUUUGAGGCGAUCAAGUUUGGAUUUUGUGAAGCACUGGAUGUUACAUGGUAAAGAAAUCGGAUCUUAUUAUACAUUCGUGAUUACCGAGCAGAAUAUAAAUGAGGCUAUGAGUAGGAUUAGAGAAGAGUAUGAAGGGAUUGCUUGGAAGACUGGGGAGAUCACUAUAAAUAUGAAAGCCGAUUCUCAACUUGUAAUCACCAAGAUUCAACAAGGCGAUGCAUGGAUUUUGGGGAUGAAAGUCAAAAGUCGAGUUGUUUUGGAAUAUUGA